UGAUGAUAAGAAAAAAAAACAAGACAAAACUAUUUAAGAAUUUUAUUUCGGUAACAGAAAAUUAAGAAUCUAUAGAUGGCUAGUUCCGGUAGCAGAAGGAGAAAACGCCACCACUAUACGAGCAGGAACACGAAUGUUCAUCGGCCUUCUUCUACUUCGCAGCUACGGUUAUUGUCACAAAUUAUAGCACAGGCAGAAAAGGCAGCAAAUCUUCCUUAUUUAACUGUUUUCGCCUUUCAGAUUCUGACACCGAUCAUUACGAACAACGGCUCAGGAUUGACGGAUUUGAGCGUUCACAAGAUUACGUUUGCGGAUGGAGUUCACGCUGUUUUGUCUGUGCUUGUGUUUAUUGCUGUCUCGUUGCAUGAUAGAAAUGUUUUGAGUUGCUUCUAUCCCCUGCCUAAGCAUCUCAUUGGAAAGGUUUUGGAAGCUAUUCCUUUUGGAAUUGCCGUAAUUUGCAUAUUGAUAUAUCGUGUUUUUCCAAAUAGAAGGCAAGGAGUUGGCUACCCUUCUACACUCAGAUUACGCAAUUAGUUCACCGUUUCUACGCUUUCAUUGUUCCUUUUCUUGUAAAAACCCACUUUAGAGACCGAGUAAUUGAUUAUGCGGUUAUCAAGGUUAUCGUAUUUUAUAUUAAAAUCCGGCUGCCAUGUAUGUAUUUGAUUGAAAAACUUCAUUUGUAAUAAAAUUAAAGUUUAGUGAUAAAAAUAAAAUAGAUUAAAGUUUGUCCGCCGAAAAACGAUAGCUUUGAUCCCCACAUGAUCAAUUAGAAUCAGAAAGCCAUUUUGAGUAUUUUUUUUUUAUUUUUAAUUCAGCAAAAAUGAGAUUAUGACCCGAAUUCGAUGUAUAAAUUAAAUGGUUAAAUGAUCUUACCAAUUGUUUGUUUUGAA